UGACGCCGACGAGUCGUCCGACUCGGAGGAUUACAGCCACCUAGAGUGGCUUGGCCCGUUGGUGCCCCUUAAGAAGGCGUGCACCGACGACGGAGAGUGGGGCACCGAGCCCCCACUCACUGUCUACAGCGCGGGACCGAGCUCCGCGUAUGGAGACGGGGACGACGCCUCCACUUCCAGCGACGAAGCCUCACAGGAGGGUGAGGACGUACUGGGCGCCAGUACGAAUGAGGAGGUGGAGGCGGAUGGCCUCGUCGAGCUCGUCGGGGAGACUGAGAGCAUCCUCAACGUAGCAGAGGGCCAGAGCUCUCUGGGUCGACCAGCCGCCAAUGCAGAGGAGCCCUUGGGGGCUCCACAGCAUGCAAGCGGUGCUGAUACCGAUUACGAAAGCCCAAAAAAACAAACACUAUUUAGCGGCGAGAACGUAGCCGCCAACCGCAACGACACUGUUGUUCCGAUGGCUUCCGCAGGGUCGAGUUCAGGAGCUAGCUCUAGUCACCACCAGGAGCAACAAGUCACUCUUGAAGUAGCUGCGCUGAUCGAGUUUCAUCAGGCCUAUGGAUUCCUGUGUAACAUGGUACCGGAGAGUCAACGCCCUCUCCGUUAUGACACACUAGAGGCUAUCAGGCAGGCCAAAGUCGGGAUUGAGGUCACUCUCCCUUCACGGAACUCGAAGAAAGCCAAAAAGCAUCUUCAAGAACUGAACGCGAUGCGGAAGGAAAAGGGGGAGAAGGAGCUAUCUAAGGAUGAGCUUGACUUAGACGAGCUCAUAGAGGAGCUCCACAUCUGCCGCGUUCCGUGGAGGGUGAAUAGGGGUGAGGAGGGCAACCACGAAUGGAUAGUCCUUGAAAAUCCAUGUCGCGCAGGAUUCAUAAACUCCGACGG